AUGGAAUGGGAGCAAAAGACUCUCAUUAGUGAGCUAACUCGAGGAAAAGAGCUAGCGAAACAGCUUAGGAACCAGCUUAACCCUUCCUCAUCUCUCGAAUCACGUAAAUUUCUGGUUGAGAAGAUACUUUCUUCUUAUGAGAAAGCACUGUCAAUGCUAAAUUGGGGUGCUUUAGCUGCUGAUCAACCAAAGCCCACAAUGGGCAUGAUGGAAUCACUGCAUUCAUUUGCCAACAGUAGUCCUAGGAGUGAGGUCUCUGAUCAAGAUGGCAAGGAGGAAUGUGACAAAAAUGUUUCCAAGAAGAGAAAAACACAGCCUCGGUGGACUGAGCAAGUGAAGAUUCGUUCAGGGACUGGUCUAGAAGGGCCUCUUGAUGAUGGUUAUAGCUGGAGGAAAUACGGGCAAAAAGAUAUUCUCGGAGCUAAUUUUCCAAGGGGAUACUACAGAUGCACUCACCGUCAUUCCCAAGGCUGUUUGGCCACGAAGCAAGUGCAAAAAUCUGAUGAGGACCAUUCAGUUUUUGAAGUGACCUAUCGAGGGAGACAUACGUGUAACCAGGCCUCUCCUUCAUCCGUGGUGGCAUCGCCUUCCCCAAAAAAUAAUUUCUCAAAACAAAGCAGAUAUCAUUGUCAGCAGCAGCAUGAAGGGAAACCAAAGCCAUCAAAGGAGAUAGUUCUUAACUUUGGAUCAGACUGUCUUCAAGUCAAAACCGAGGAUAUGGGCUCUAAGAACGACAUUUUUCCAUCCUUUUCCUUCCCAUGUACAUCAUUUGGGAAUGAAAAUGAGGAAAACAAUAUUUUCACCGAGUCCAUGAUGGAAAACAACUUCUUGGGUAGCUUGUCUCCAACAUUUAUAUCUCCAGCAACGUCUGAAUCAAACUAUUUCUCAAUGUCACCAUGCCAUAUGAACAGCUUCGGCAUUGGUUACCAAAAUGUGCAAACCCCAGAUUCUGAACUCACCACCGAGAUCAUUUCAGCCCCAACUUCGGUGACGAAUUCGCCAAUCGGGGAUUUGGAUAUCUCAAUCGAUAAUGUCGAUUUUGAUACCACUUUCCCAUUUGACGAUUCGGAAUUAUUUGCCUAA